ACGUUAGCCGGGCCAGGGCUGGUGGGGCGAGCCCCUCAUCCUACGCUUUUUAAGUUCUCGGGAGGAAUGAGUGACGGCAGGCAGGGGGCUUUGGCGGCGCCGUCUGUGGGCUGGCUGGCUGGGCGGAGCUGGACGCGGGGGCCAUGGCGGCGGUCACACAGCCCUGCCUCCGGUCGGGGGCAAAAAGCUGAGGCGCGUCUCCUUUAAUUGCGGUGGGCGGGACGCGGCGACGGGGUCCGCGUUGCUAUUGGCGGCCGUUGGGGGCGCGGAAACUGAACGGGCCGCAACGGCCGUCGCAGCUGCCUCGGGCUCUUCAGGCGCCUGUGGCGCCGCCAGCCCUGCUAUGGCUGCGCCCUGCCUGGAAGAAUCUUGGUCCCAGGGAAGCCCCUUCCUCAUCCAGGCUUCACACAUUUGACCAUGGCUCUCCCCCAGGAGGACCCCUCGCUGGAGAGGCAUUUUAAGGGCCAUCGAGAUGCGGUUACCUGUGUGGACUUCAGUCUCAACAUGAAGCAGCUGGCCAGUGGCUCCAUGGACUCGUGCCUCAUGGUCUGGCACAUGAAGCCCCAGUCACGUGCCUACCGCUUCAUGGGCCACAAGGACGCCGUCACCUGUGUGAACUUCUCCCCUUCGGGACACCUUCUUGCCUCAGGCUCCCGAGACAAGACCGUCCGCAUCUGGGUGCCCAAUGUCAAAGGUGAGUCAACUGUGUUUCGUGCACAUACAGCCACAGUGAGGAGUGUUCACUUCUGCAGUGACGGCCAGUCCCUUGUGACAGCCUCUGAUGACAAGACAGUCAAGGUGUGGUCAACUCAUCGCCAGAAAUUCUUGUUCUCCCUGAGCCAGCAUAUCAACUGGGUCCGCUGUGCCAAGUUCUCCCCUGAUGGGCGGCUCAUCGUGUCUGCAAGUGAUGACAAGACUGUCAAGCUGUGGGACAAGAACAGCCGGGAGUGUGUCCACUCAUAUUGUGAGCAUGGCGGCUUUGUCACCUAUGUGGACUUCCACCCCAGUGGUACGUGCAUUGCUGCUGCAGGCAUGGACAACACAGUGAAGGUGUGGGAUGUGCGAACUCACCGGCUGUUGCAGCAUUAUCAGCUGCACAGUGCAGCAGUGAAUGCCCUCUCCUUCCACCCGUCGGGAAACUACCUGAUCACAGCCUCCAGCGACUCGACCCUGAAGAUCUUGGACCUGAUGGAGGGCCGGCUGCUCUACACACUCCAUGGGCAUCAGGGACCAGCCACCACUGUUGCCUUUUCAAGAACAGGCGAGUAUUUUGCUUCUGGAGGCUCUGAUGAACAGGUGAUGGUUUGGAAGAGUAACUUUGAUGUUGAUUAUGGAGAAGUCCUAAAAGUGCAGAGGCCCCCAGCCACACUGGCCGGCACCGCUGGGAAUCUGCCAGCAGUGGAUUUCCCCAUCCCACCAGGCAGAGGCAAGAGUCUGGAGUCUGUGCAAAGCCAGCCCCCGGAGCCCACCAGCAUGCCCCAGACGCUGACCAGCACCCUGGAGCACAUUGUGGGCCAGCUGGACGUCCUCACCCAGAGGCCUUCCUCAGAGUUAGAGCUCUCCUUCCCAGGUCUUGUGGCCCCGCAUCAGACCCAGAGCAGAGCCCAUAGGGGUGUCACGCUGCCCAUGCUCCUCACCAGUGGCGGACUCACUGCAGAGGCCCUGCAAACCCCCUUUGGCCUCUCCCCGGUGCCUGAGUCGCACACCGCAGGGGAGCUGAGGCUCUCCCCUCGGCCAUGUCGGAAGCUGAAUGGAGAAACAUAAUCCCGAGCUUUGUCGCAUGCAGGACACCCGAACUGGCCACUUUCAGCAUGGAGGACAAUGUGGGAGCUGCCUCAACUGUUUGGCUCCCGGAGCCCCAUGGGGCCCAUGGCAGGCCUUCAGCAGACACCUAAUAGCUUGAUGCUGGUAGAGAAAGAGGCAUUUGAGGUGGUGAGGUACAGAGUAGAGCUGGCUGUCAGAAUGUCCCCAGUGUUGUGUUCCUUUUCCACUUGGAAUUGGGGACCCAGGUGCCAGACAUGUCUCUGAGGAUUGGCAUUUUGGUGCAACUUCUUUGGGCAUCACUACAAUCUUUAGGGGACUAAAAAUAAAAGCCUGUCACUUUAAAAUCAGUUCUUUUUAUACUAUGCUCGGAAGGCUCUUUAGGGUGUUGCAUAAAACGUCUUACACGUCUUGAACUGUGAGUGAGAGAAGAGGCACUCACCCUGUUAAUGUUGCCCCAAUAGGAGAUGGAUCACAAUGUCUUCUCUCCCCUGAGCAGGAAAAUUAGGAUUCAGAUAGAAUGUCAUUAUUUGGCCUCUCCUGGGAGGAUUUUCCUUGGAGAGCACAGGCGGGUGAGUAAUGCUAGAAACCCCGCCUCUUGGCCUGAACUCCUAGACCCGCUGUCCAGCUACGGAGAGCCAGCCCAAGCUGGCCUCCACCAUGCUCUUGCUUUUGGUCCCCAGCACCGUGUCAUGGCCCAACCCAGUUUGGGUCACCCGGGUUGGGGCAUCCCUCCCUCGCCAUUGAGGAGCCAGGCUGCUUUCCAGGGGUUGUUAGUGGCAUCGCUGACAUCAUCCUGAGCCCACAGGCCCUGUGCUCGCCAGCACCGGAUGCUUAUCCCGGGCAUCCAGGGG